GGCUCAGUGAUCCCCCCGUCGGCCGCUGACCCAGCGGUGAGCCGCAUGAAAAGCUGGUCGCAUGGCCACCGAUGACGGAUGGUCCAACAAUGGAAGUGGCUCCUUCUGUGGGGGCACUUCUUGCUGGGCUCGAGCCGUGCCGUCUGUCAGGGCCUGGGGCGCCGCUCUCCAGGUGAUAAACCUUCGACGUCAUGUAGGUGAAAUGCAGCGUCAGCUUUGGCCACCCGUGCGUCCCGUUGGCUCCCUGGCCGGCGGAGGGGGUGCCCUGCCAGCACAGCGGACCAGGUUGUCCCAAGCGGCCUUCGGGGCGACGCCUGCACAAGUCGCUGCAAUGGAGCACCAGGCCGUGGUCUAUCAGGACUUGUUGGCCUUGCUCUCGGUGGCCUUCGAGCAGCAGCGGAACAUCAUCCAAGCGCAACGGAGCCGCAUGGACCGUCUCUUGGCGGAGUUCCAGGACCUCAAGAUGGAGCUGGAGGAGGAUCCAGAAUUGCAAAUGCUCUACUCAGAGGUGCGUCGCCAACGAAAAGCAAAGGAGAAAAAGAAGAAAAAAUCCAAGAAGAAGGGCAAGAAGGAGAAGGCACAGAAGCCCCGGAAGCACGUGGCAGACCUCCGCAAAGAAGCCGACGAUGCCCAGUUGAGGCACGAUCUGGCCGAUUUGUAGCCCUGGCUCCGCCUGCAGCGCGCAGCGGGAAGGUGUGGAAGGUGCUUCCACUGAGCUGUGCGGGUGCAGAACUCUGCGUAGCAGCCAAGGGCGUCCUUUGAGAUCCUCAGCCAGGGGGGUCGGCCCAAAGACCUGAAGCGGUGCCCCAAAGACUGGUCGGUGCGGUGCGGC